CGUCUUCGUGAGCCUUCUGCGCAUGCGCAUGGUUUGUUUACGGAAGUGAAGCCGCCUGGCAAAAGCCGUUGAUCAAAUGCUCAGGCACGUUUUCUUGACUGGCCCGCCAGGUGUGGGUAAAACCACUCUGGUCCAGAAGGUGUGUGAUGAGCUUGUGUCCUUGGGCCACUCGGUGGAAGGCUUUUACACGGAAGAGGUCAGAGAAGGAGGCCGCAGAGUGGGAUUUGAUGUGGUCACAGCGAGUGGAGAAAGAGGCCGCUUGUCCAGAAUCAGUGACAUCGCUGGUGAGUCUCAUGGCAGACGGCAGUACACAGUAGGACAGUAUGUUGUGGAUUUACCUUCAUUUGAACGCCUGGCACUCCCCCUCUUAAAGAAGUCAGUGCUGUCCUGUGUCCAGGUUGCCUUGGAAGACGGGACUGUCAAGAAGGUGUUUGUCAUUGAUGAGAUUGGCAAAAUGGAACUCUUUAGCCAGCCGUUCAUCAAGGCGGUGAGACAGACACUAGACUGCUUUUCCUGCACAGUCUUGGGCACCAUCCCCAUUCCCAAGGGGAAACCGCUUGGCCUGGUGGAAGAGGUGCUGAUUAGGAGCGAUGUCAAAGUCUUCACUGUGACGAGGGAAAACAGAAACGCCAUUCUGCAAGAUAUUCUAUCAGCUCUUCGGGAGUGUUUAAAAUAACACAGCUAACACGAGGAUAACAACUCUUGAAAUAUAAACAUGCAAUUACAUGCAAUUGAGACCUCAUUUUGUUGUUAAAGUAUGCUUUCAUGUAGCAGAACAGGUUUGUGACCUGAUCACCCAGCUGUUCAAUGAGUACACAAUUUAGUUUUGUAUUAUGCUCCCUCAAAAUGGUUUCUCUGCUGAAAAACUGAUAGAUCAUAUAGCACCUUGCCUUGCCAAAUUGCCGGUCUUCACAAUGCAGACACAUGCAAACAUAUUUUUGUUUUUAGGUCACUUUGAGGAUGUGCUCAUUAAAAUUCACCCAACAUACUGUACAAUAUUUAACAUGUAUGCUUUAUCAGUUGGAAAGCAGGAAAAUAAAUGUUUUUGUUCUUA